AUGGCAGUUCGCUGUCAAGCAAACAAUUUACAAGAAAAUAUGGCUACGUUGGAAUUUGGUAUUUAUGUUGCCUUUUGGUUCGAAGUACUGAAAAGAACUGACCUAGCGAAUCCAAGACUGAGGCAUAAAGGCCGUGAUAUCUUACAUUUCUCAUUUAGCGAGAGUAAUACCAAAUUUCAAGUGAGCAAUGCGACUCUCUCAGUAUACAUCAAGGGGGCCGAUAGGCGGACGCCCCAAACCGUAGUCUUAGAGGUGUUUAAAAUUACCGACCAUUCCGACCCAGCAGCCUUUCACAUGGUUUACGCCAAGAAGUUUCUUCAACCAGACGGAAAAGGGGACUGGGUGAAGAUCGACUUCACCGAAACAGUUUCCGAGUGGUUUAAGGAUCCAGAUGGGAACCAUGGUUUUAUAGUAAACGCGACGCUUAACGGCAAGAAAGCCUUGGUGACGGAUGCUACUGCUGACAAAGUAAAAAGAGUAAGUAGUUAG